AAAAAAGAGAUAUAGAUAGAUGUACCCGCAGUCCGGCAGGCGAGGCCGGGGUGCGGCGCCGGGCGAGCGAAGAACCACCUCACGCCGGCAGAAGGACGUCUAGAGCCUUACUACACACACGACCAUCAACGGAAUUCAUCAUGUCUCUGGAAGAGAAUUUUAACAAGGCAGCUGAGCAGGUCAAGAACCUGCAGCAGCAGCCAACUGAUGACGAACUCAAGGAAAUCUAUUCUCUCUACAAGCAGGCAACAGUUGGUGAUAUUAACACAGAGAGGCCAGGCAUGUUGGACUUCAAAGGAAAGGCAAAGUGGGAUGCCUGGAGCAGUAAGAAGGGUAUGUCCAAGGAGGCAGCCAUGGAGGCGUACGUGGCAAAGGCUGAACAGCUGAUCAGUACCUAUGGCCUUAAGGCAUAAAUAUAUCAUAUUGUGUGUGACCAAUGCAUAUUUACAUUACAUCAGUAUUUUCUUUUUUUUUCUUUUUCUCAAAAUGAUUUUAAAGUAAUAUUGGUAUCACUCGCCUUCCUUUCCUUAAAUCUUUUCUGCUGUAGGGUUAUUUAAAAAAAAAAACAUGUUCUAAUACUCAACAUGUUGUCUUAGUGAAUUUGUAUUUUGAUACCAGUGAAAAUAAAAAGGCAGAUCUA